AUGGAAAUUCUCAAACUCACUACGUGUUCAUUUAUGGUCUUUGUUGACACUGGCAGCGUGGCAAGUUCCGCUCGAAAGCUUCAUGAUGCCAUAUGGCAAAAGAAAAUGGAGAGUCUCAAGGUCUGCGUACCAGCUUUUGCGUAUGCCGUCCAAAAUAAUCUCUACUACAUUGCUCUGGCCAACAUCGAUGCCACUACGUACACAGUCACAUAUCAGCUACGCAUACUGACGACGGCUUUGUUGUCUGUACUGAUGAUUGGAAAGGAGAUUUCAACGUGUCAAUGGGGAGCAUUGGGCUUGUCUGGUAUCGGAGUAAUACUUGUGCAACUGAACACCUUGUCCACCCAUCAGAGCAUUCUCAUGAUAGCUGUGUGA